CUUUCACCCACAUCUAUAUCCGGAAGUAACACCUUCAGCAAGAUUCAACAUUGAAUACUCCAGCUUCCUGCGUCCACCUGAGGAGUGCUAUUUUCUGCAGUUCCAACAUGGCAGCGGGAACGCCAGUCAGCGCUGGUUUUGUCCGGUUUUGUCUGCUCUGCCUGCUGUGGUGUCCGUCAGUAGUACUCUCCGAGCAGGACGACAGGCCGAACUUUCUACUCUUCAUGGUGGACGACUUGGGCUACGGGGACGUCGGCUGCUUCGGAAAUGACACCAUCAGGACUCCAAACAUUGACCGGAUAGCUUCCGAAGGAGCGAAGCUGACACACCACCUAGCGGCAGCAGCCAUGUGUACACCCAGCAGGGCGGCAUUCCUGACUGGGAGAUACCCCGUCAGAAGCGGCAUGGCAGCGCGCCACGGCUUGAGGUAUUUACCUAACGUCGGCUGUACCGGUGGAUUACCUGCCACGGAAACAACGUUUGCAACACUGCUGAAGCAGGCUGGAUACGCCACUGCCUUGAUAGGAAAAUGGCACCUCGGUCUACACUGCGCGGGUACCGGCAGCCUCUGUCACCAUCCCAACAACCACGGCUUCGACUACUUCUACGGCUCUCCGAACACAAACUUCCGGGACUGUGGCGAAGACGGCGAGAGUGUGUACUACAUGAGCCAUGCCUACCGAAUGUACAAGCAGAUCUGUUGGGCGUACUUGGUCGGAGUCGUGUCUUUGCUUCUCAUGAAGUUUCUCGGUAAAAUACGGGUCCGCUGGCUCUCGCUGCUGUCCUUUCUGGCGUUCUGUACACUAGUCAUGGCCUUCCCCAAGGUUUUCAUUGUCCAGCUUAAGCCGUGGAACUGUCUUCUCAUGGAAAACGAAAAAGUAGCGGAGCAGCCGUACAGUCUGAGAGAUGAUCUCACGCCGAAACUCAUCAACAAGUCGCUACAGUUUAUAGAAGAGAACGCCGACAGGCCGUUUUUCCUUUUCCACUCCUUUCUCAAAGUCCACACGGCUCUCUUCGCUACGGAAGAGUUUGAAGGGAGGAGCCUACACGGUCGGUAUGGCGACAAUGUUGAAGAGAUGGACUGGGCGGUCGGGCGUAUCUUGGACGCCGUUGAGAAGAGAGGUCUGUCUCACAAGACGUUUGUGUACCUGACGUCUGAUAACGGCGGUCACGUCGAGGAGAUCUCCGUCAGAGACGGGCAAAGGGAAGGAGGCCACAACGGAAUACUUAGAGGAGGAAAAGGCAUGGGAGGAUGGGACGGAGGAAUCCGGAUGCCAACCGUCUUGCGCUGGCCGAAAGCUGUCCGGCCGGGCACGGUACUGGACGAACCCACCAGUCAGAUGGACGUGUUCCCCACGGUUCUGCGCUUGGCCCAGCUGAAGACUCCCGGGGACCGAGUCAUCGACGGCCGGGACCUGAUGCCUCUCCUGACGGGGAGCAGAAACGUGACAGACCGCCGGUUCCUCAUGCACUACUGUGGGAGCAGGCUACAUGCAGCCCGCUACAGGCCGCCUACAGGAAGGUCUGUGUGGAAGGCGCACUACACGACUCCUAACUGGGACCCUGGGACUGAAGGUUGUUACCACACCUUCCUGUGUCGGUGCGGAGGUGAUUACGUCACUCACCACGAUCCUCCCUUGCUCUUCGACAUCGCCACGGAUCCGGCCGAGCGAAGUCCGAUCUCACCCGAGAGCGAGCCGAAGUUUGCCGAGAUCAUCUCGACAAUCGAGAGAGGUGUCAGGGAUCACAUGUCGUCCGUAGACGAAGUAGAGAGCCAGUUUUCGCUGAGAAAUAUUCUCUGGCGCCCGUGGUUGCAACCAUGCUGUGGUAAUUUCCCAUUCUGUUCUUGUAACAGUGGUGCUUAAUUCCUGAUGGAUUCUUUCUAAUAGUUGGUGCACUUGAUACUACAAACGA